UGGCCCUCCGGUAUUGCCGGUCAAUGGGGUGACUGCUAUAGAAUUUUCUAUUCUGUUUUGGGGAAGUGUGGGUGUGCUGCUAUUACGUACAAGUCGUAUGGGAGCAUAUCGUGACUGACUUAUAUAAAGACGAGGCGAUCUACCUUUUUCUUCAGGUUUUUCUAGAUCUAUACGUCUUACGUUCUAGCGCUAGCAUACCACCAAUACCAAGUACUACAGUCGUUUCUUCUCAAUCCAUACUACCUUUCGUUUAGCAGCCCUUCGCCCUCGCUUCUUCUUUUAGGUAGCUGAUCUACUCAGUUCAAGUCACCAUGCGUUCUAUGCUCUUGCUGUCUACCCUUGCCGGCUCUGCCCUCGCACUGCCGGGAGUUUACCAUCACGGGUUCAACUCAACCUCUCCCUCUCACAGUGCCACCCACUCUCAUACUCUUCUUCCUACCGGUGGCGGCGGCGGAGAGAAGCCCACCGAGACAGGAAAGGGUGGUGAGUCUCAGACCACCACUGCUCCCGGAGGCUCUGGCUCUGUUCCCGGAACCACAGUGACCUCAACGAUCACCGACACCAUUACCAAGACGACCUUCAAGCCCUGCUCAACCCCAGUCCACACCGAAGGUGGCACCACCUACUAUAGUUCCUGGGUGACUGCUUCCACCUAUGAGACUACCACCUGCUACACCACCACCACCGUCCUGACUUCCACUCCUACCGCCGCUUCCACUGCCCCUGCUGAGACCACCGCCGUCGUCCCUGCUCCCAGUGGUGGUCAUGGCUCCGAGACCUGCCCUCCUGCCUCCACCGUCACCGUGUAUGUCACAGUUGGCAACGGUGGCUCUGGUGCUACCACCACCGUUGCUCCCGGUGGUCAGGGUGGACACCACUGCGAGCGCUGCGAGACCAUUACCUAUACCAACACCCAGGGCUACACUACUACCAUCGUGAUCCCUCCUAUCCCAGAGCCCACUGGCACUGAGACCGAGCAGACCACAACCACCGAGGUGCCCUCCUCUACCACUACUGAGACCAACAAGCCCACCGGCACUGGAUCCCACCACAUCCACACCAAGCCUACAGGAACCGGCAAUGAACCCGCUCCCACCGAGACCAAGACCUGGCAUGGUGGCCAUCACAGUGUUGUUCGCAACUAAGCUGAUAUAGUAUAUGGCGUUCUCCUUCAGACGCCGAUUGAAGAGUUAUGCUUUCUAGUACCUCAUAUGCAGCAAGAAUGAGGUUUUUACGGUCCUUAAUGACAUCUUGCAUAUAGUGAUUUGAUAUGCUGUUAUGUAUUUAUUUAUAGCCAUUCCUUAAUGUCUAGUCACUCCUUAAUGUUAUAGAGCUCAACAGAG